UUGUUCCGUACACGCUCUCGCGAUAUUGUAGGCUGGCGAGCGCUGCAUAGGGUGGCAAGAUGGCUCUCUACAACUUUAAGAAGAUUAUGGUGGUCCCCACCGCAAAGGACUUCAUAGACAUCACAUUAUCGAAGACCCAAAGGAAGACCCCCACGGUUGUUCAUAAGCAUUACCAGAUCCACCGAAUCAGGCAUUUUUAUAUGAGGAAGGUGAAAUUCACGCAGCAGAACUACCAUGACAGACUCACCCAGAUCCUAACUGAUUUUCCAAAACUGGAUGACAUUCAUCCUUUCUACGCAGAUCUUAUGAAUGUUCUGUAUGACAAAGAUCAUUACAAGCUGGCUUUGGGACAGAUCAACAUCGCGAAGAACCUCAUUAACAAUGUUGCCAAGGACUAUGUUCGGCUGAUGAAGUACGGAGAUUCUCUUUAUCGCUGCAAGCAGCUGAAGCGUGCAGCUUUGGGGCGUAUGUGCACCAUCGUCAAGCGACAGAAGCAGAGCUUGGAAUACUUGGAGCAAGUACGUCAGCAUCUUUCCCGUUUGCCAACCAUUGAUCCCAACACCAGAACCCUUCUGCUCUGUGGGUACCCCAAUGUGGGAAAGUCUAGCUUCAUAAACAAGGUAACCAGAGCUGAUGUUGAAGUGCAGCCCUAUGCCUUCACCACAAAGUCUCUUUUUGUGGGACACAUGGAUUACAAGUAUCUGCGCUGGCAGGUAGUGGAUACUCCUGGUAUUCUGGACCACCCUCUGGAAGAGAGGAACACCAUUGAGAUGCAGGCUAUCACGGCGCUGGCCCACCUGCGCUCUGCCAUCCUGUAUGUGAUGGAUGUGUCCGAGCAGUGCGGGCACGCUCUGGAGCAGCAGCUGGAGCUCUUCCACAGCAUCAGACCCUUGUUUGCUAAUAAGCCAUUGAUUGUUGUGGCUAAUAAAUGUGAUGUGAAGAAGAUCGGCGAACUCUCUGAGGAAGACCAGAAAAUCUUUGCCGAUUUUGAGGAGGAGGGAAUUCCAGUCAUAGAAACUAGCACCCUGACAGAGGAGGGGGUCAUUCAAGUGAAAACGCAGGCUUGUGAUAAGUUGCUGGCUCACCGGGUUGACAGUAAGAUGAGAGGAAAGAAGGUGCAUGAUGUACUGAACAGAUUACAUUUAGCUGUUCCUUCUAAAAGAGAUGAGAAGGUGCGACCUCCUUUCAUUCCAGAGGGGGCUUUGGCGCGCAGGAAAGCAAUGGAAAUUGAUGCACCUAAACGCAAGUUGGAGAGAGAUCUGGAGGUGGAGCUUGGUGAUGAUUACACCCUGGACCUACAGAAAUACUGGGACUUGUUGAAUGAGAAUGAGAAGCAUGAUAAGAUCCCAGAGAUAUGGGAGGGUCACAAUAUAGCUGAUUAUAUUGAUCCUGAAAUCAUGAAGAAACUUGAAGAUCUGGAGCAGGAAGAGGAGUUGAAGGAGAAAGCCGGAGAGUAUGACUCGGAUGAUGAAAGUGAAGACGAGGAGAUGCAGGAGAUCCGGCAGCUGGCCAGCCAGAUCAGAGAGAAAAAGAAACUGAAAAUUAUUGCAUCCAAGGAGAAGGAUGUGCAUGGACCAAGAAUGCCCAGGACCGUAAAGAAGGUUGAAAGAAAGACUCUUGAAAGAGAGAUGAGUAGCCUUGGUAUUGACAUGAGUGGUAAAGAUGACGCUCACUAUGCUGUCCAGGCUGGCAGAUCCAGAAGUCUCAUCAGGAAGCGCAAACGUGAAGCCUCUGAGCCUCCCACGUCCAGAACUCGCAGCCAGAGCGCCUCCCGCCCCCCACGGGACGUGUCCGGGAUUCGGGAUGAUAAGAUGUUGAAAAAGGUUAAGAGGAUGAUGAAGAACUCCCAGAGAGACAUGAAUCGCAUGGGCAAGAAAGGAGAGGCAGACAGACAUGUGUUUGAUCUCAAACCCAAACAUUUGUUUGCAGGCAAGAGAAAGUCAGGCACCAACGACAGAAGAUAAAAGUGAUAUUUCAGAUACAAACUGAAUUUACUUUCACCGUGUGCUUGGUAUAUUGUCUAGAGAAAAUGCAUAAUUCAAUGGACAGAUUCAAACUGCCUUAUAUUUGUUUUAGAGAUGGGGAUGCUGUAAGCCUACAUAAUCCUCUUCCUGAUGUGUUUAAUUCGGUAAUGCAAAGCUGCUCCAGUUUGGGUUGGACUUGCUUACCAAGUCGAAGAUUAGUGCUCAUUAAGAUUAGGUGUCAGUGAAACUGUCUAUUUAUCAUAAGUUGAGGGGAGGUAUUGAAGAAACUGACUGGGAAGAGCUGCAGCUGUAUUUCUUCUAGAACAGUUAACAGUGCCAGGGAUACACCUGGAUUGUAAAUGUGGAGUGGUAAUUCCAGGAUAAGCACGGGUGGACAGUUGAUUCAGUCCUUGGUGAAUUCAUAGUGCUGCACAAGGCUCUUCAAAAAGAAAACACACUUGCUUAUCCCAGCCAGGGAAUGAAGUAGACAGAUGUUUCGGGGUAAUUCCUGAGUACUUGGGGGAAUUUGCUUAUGCCAUGCCGUUUAAAAUAUUCCACGUCAAUUUGAAAUACAUACACUUUAAAUGUAUGCAUAGUAUUUGGUAGUUUAUUGUACUGUAUAAUUUGUAUGCUGCUACAUUUUUGGUCAGGCUUUGGGUAUGGUGAAAUGUAAACUUCGAGUGAAGUUAAACCAUGUCUCUAUUAAAUAUCUCUUCUCCAUGA